CCCUUUGGCCCAUGAAAAAUCCUCUCUUUCCACCCCUGCCUUCCCCACUUCUCCUGUCUCCUGUGUCCCUGCUCUACCUGAAGGCCUUGGGGAUCAACAGGAGCAGCAGCAGCAGUAUUGAGCCACACCUCUCUGGCAUCAAAACGGGCGUUUUCCCCAACCGAGUGCCCUCUUCAUCUGCAGUGUUCGCCCCUGGAUUGAGGAAGUACCCCCAGGAGGGGGCGCUACCAUCGCUGACGGCCUCUUCCAGUCAAGCAAAGGCGCUGCUGGCGAGUCUGUGUGCCUCCGGCCUGACUGCAGAGGCCCUGCUCCUCUCCUCCACCCUCCGUCAGCACCGGCUCCUGCGUGAGCGGCGAGCCUCAUCCCUCCCUCCGUCUGGCAGCCGGUCCUCCUCCCCUACUCCUGCUGCUACCCCCUCCUCCUCCUCUUCAUCAUCUUCCUCACCCACCACCCCUACUGCGUCCUUGUCUCCCUCGUCGAGUCCUCUCACCUUCUCCUCUGAGAAUCACAAGCUCAGCAGCCGAAGCUUUGACAGCCGGCACGUUACCCCUGGCAACUCCCUGUGAUGAAGAAGAGGAAGAGCACGAGGAGGAGGACACACCUUUUUUUUUUUUUAAAGAUGCCUCUUGGCCUUUUCUUUUCUGUUUUUCAGGCCUCAUGAGUCACCGUGUAUUCACGAAAAAGAACUACCAUACUGUAAAUGGAGUUGCAAUCUUCUUCUUCUCGGACAUGUUUCGGACUCUGAUCUGGUUCCACAGUUUCUCUAAAGUUCUCAUACACAGUCAUACUGCCAGUUCCAAAGCUAGAGAGCGCACAAACGGGGGCUCCCUCCCACCAGCUGGAGGAUUUCUGGAGGAAUUCACUGACAGCACCGAUCUCAUAUAAUACCCUCACUCAAGUGGGUGGUUAGCAGAGUAGAUAUAUACAAUAUAAUUAUCUUGACUGUGACUUUUAUCAUAGAAAAUAGGAUGCAAUAAUCACAAAGUGAGUCCUGUAGUCGUGUGUGUUCUGGAUAAUAAUUUACUCUCGCUCACCUGCGUCACAGCAGAGCGUGAGCCUGCUCAGAGAGACUAAAAAAGAAAAAAAAAAAAAAUCAACAACAAGUAGAUCAAGUUGAUGGUUGUGGUUUCAAGCUGUUUCGUGUUCAAGGGACAUUUGUGGCUUUCCUCACAUCACGUGUUUUACAUGUUUUACAUUCUGAACUGGUGCUAGAUUUUCCCCUCUGUUUGUAAACAGAGUUUACACAAUUGUCCCGGAUCUCUGAGAAAACACCAACUCUUUAAAUAUCUAUAUACAUAUUUUCCUUUAAAAAAAGAAAUGAAAAAAAGAAGAUGGAUUAACUAUGAGAAAUUAUACAAAUUUAAAUUAUUAAAUCACUAUUAUUCAUACAAAGCACACUGCAGCGGGCACAGUUAGGCGCACAGUGAGACAAACAGAAGGGAAAAGUGCAAAUCAUGUAUACAAAAAUAGAAAAUGUUAUAAAAAAUAUUGUAUGUAUGUGUGUGUGUGCGUGUGUGUACGAUCUAGUAAAUGAUGACAAUCAGGAUGUUCCUUCAGUAGCAUCUCACAGGUCGCUGUGGCAUCUUAGCACCUGACAUCACAAAUCAUCCCAAAGACUCGAACACAUCCAGCUACAACUGACACACACAUUCUGUCACACCUGUGAACACAAAUUGUUGUGUUUUUUUUUGCAGAAGCACAAACUUUGUUCUGCUUUAUCCUGUUUGUUUGUUUGUUUGUUUGAUUUUUAUACCAUAUCUACCAGAAUGAGAUUUCACCCUUUAAAGAGUGUUUUCUGUAUUCAUUAGCAGGCCUUAUUGUCUAAUGUGAUACUUUAUCUUUCACUCAAGUGUUUUAAUUGCGCGAAAAAUUAAACAGCACUUAUUUAGAUGUCAAAAGAAAAAAAGAAAAGAAAAUAAUCAAGCACAGUUUUCGAGCACAAAAUGUUUCCCUAAAUCGAAAAAAAGAAGGAAAUAAUUAUAGCACAUUAAUUAAUUGAUUUAUUUCUUGCCUGUAUGCUCAAACGUGAAACAUUUAUUAUGAGUGUGAGGCCUUCAAUGCACCGCAGUGACAUAACUUUAUGUAAAGCACAUGUUCAUGAUUCCCUAAGUGAAAAAAAAAUCCAAGGAACAGUAGCGUAGCUUCAACAAGGUAAUUUUUUUUUUUUUUUAUGAUUCUUUGGGCCAUUGAGAUUAAAACGUGUGCCCAUGUCAAAGAGGAGGCGGCUCGAGGAGAGAGUGGAUUAAUUGUGUUUGAAGGCUACUUUAAUUAGGGUGGCUCUGAGUUGCUUCUCCUCCACUGAUAGAGGGCUUUUGAUAUAAAAAGGACCCGAAGAUGAUGAGAGGAAGGGUUUGAAAACAUGGCUGUUUUAUUUCCCUGCCCCUUGUUUCACUUUGCUUCAUCUUUAGUGAGGAAUUAAAACAGGUUUGGCAAGGUUUUACCGGGACAAUGCUUAAUGGGCUCCAGUUAUGAACAGUGCUAUAUGUAAUUAUCAAUUUUUUUUUUUUUUUUUACCCCUUUCACACCUGGUAUUAGCAUCCUGACUGACAAUCCGUCCUCAGGACACAUUCGAGACCGUGUCCUCAGCUGAUAUCGACUGAUUCACGGUUAAUUUAUUUGUAGCCACUGCCAUUUGUAACUUUUUUUCUAAUGGUAAAAAUCUUAUUUCAUGAGUAGAGCUUUCAUGCACUUUUUUCUCACUCUCUCUCUCUCCCUGUCACUCAAACACAGACAUACACACAACAAAUCUCUCUUAUCUCUCUAUAAGCUAGUGCGCAGUGAAUCAGUUUCCUGUUGACCUUUAUGUCACAGAAAAACAAACAGCGAGCUGCACGAUGGACGGUGAGAUGGAUCGUGCUGUGGUUCUGUAUGUUUAUACGUCGCCUGUUUCUACUUCUGGGUCAAAGACCAGUGGAGGAAAUGUUGGUGCAUGCGCAGAACGCCAAGUCUGACUCCAGUUUGACUAAGCAUAUACAUGCAGGAGUAAUCGCACUGUUAACUGCAUUAUCCAGGUAUGUUAGUCCGACUAAGACUAGCUCGAUUUUAGUCAGACUAAUGUGUUUGUGUGGCAUUAAGAAAACCAAAAUAUUGCUUCAGUCCGACUAAAAUUGGACUUUUAACAUGUUUGAAGCCAGAUCUGAUCAUUUUUGAUGUAUUAGAUCAGAUCAGUGUGGAUGGAUGUUAAUAUCAGGUCUGAUUAAGGCUAUUCGGGUUUACUAAGACAUUGCUUAUGCCCUUUGAGAAACUCCUGCCUGGUUUUUUUUGUCUGUUUGUUUAGUUGUGACCUGUAUCAGUGUGUUUUUUUUGUUUUCCAGUGCCUCUAAAUAUUUGUUUUCGUAAGUCCUGAGUUGAUCUCGUCAUUCACAGUAUUGGAUCAACAGCAAUGACAAAACCACACUUUUUAUCCAAAGAAGAAAAAAGAAGGGUUUUACACCAUGUUAUUUUUUGCAGCACUUGAAAUGCAGAGUGUGUGUGUGUGUGGCUGCACCGGCGACAUUUGACUAUAAACGCUCCCUCGGCUCCGAGAACGUGCAAAAACUGCAAGUCCAAAGCACAUCGAAUUAAGCCUCGCCCCAGGUGCUCUGUACUGUAGCUCUGCCAGGCAGGUUCAAGCCCCGAGUUUCAUACUGAGUGAAGUCAAAUGAAAGGAAUUCACUUACUCAUGCUGUUCCACACUCAAAUCCAUAACUCUCAGAAUUUGCUGCAUUGGCGUCUGGUGAGCGCUGGCGAGGAAGUAUUCAUGCUUGGUCGCGUCCCCGCCCCCCCCACACCCCCCACACACCCUCCAGCCCCCCAACCCAAGUGACACCUGAGACGAAACCCUGCGAGAAUUGCGUGACGGUGCUCCCUGGAAACUUUUUCCUUUCCGUUUUCUUUUCUUUUCAAGAGAAGUGUUAGUGAGCUGUGAUUUUUUCAGACAUGGCAGAAAAACUCAUGCAAACUUGAAACGAAACAUAGAACACGAUAUACAUAUAUAAAUAUAUCCAAGUGAGAUGUUUGUGUGUAUGACAUUAUAAUUGUGAAGAAAAAGUGUGACAAAUAUACAUAUAUAUAUAUAAAUAUAAAUAUAGGCCUAGAAUAAAAUGAUAUACUGUAAAAUGUCAUCAUCUCUUCAGUUUUAUAUAUUAGUGACCAUUUUUGUACAGAUGUUUUCUUUUUUAAGAGUCAUUGAGAGAGAUAAUAACAUUUCACACGGAGAUUAUUUAUUCAUAUGCAGAACAUUUUUAUAUUUGUUUAAGAAUAUCUGUAUAGAUACCUGUUAGAGCCUCUGUAAUAUACUCUGAAGUUCUAGGACUUUCUUUAUUUUAUGUAUGUUUGUGUAAUUUAGUUUUUCGGAAAUAUCCUUGUCCCAAAAAAAUAAAAUGGUCGUUUCUGAUGCGAAAGGUAAACUUGAAGGUGUUAGACUCUGGACUAGUGCCUGUGCUUUAGAGGCUUAUUUUGCUACAAUUUCUUGUGUUUUUUUAAUGAAUUAUUUUAUUUCUUCACCCCCAUCUUGUGUUUGUACUUAAAAAUGGUAUUACUAAUAGAGGAGAUGGUGAAAAAAAAAAACCCUCGGUGUUGCUACUACUGUGAAAGAACCAUUAUUAUGCCUGAAGGCUUCAUGUGGAGCCUUGCUGCUUUGACACAAGAUAAAAAGGCUUUAAUUUUCCUCCGUGUCAUGUUUCCAUGCCGACAGGAACAGUAGCAAAGUGAGCGCAUUCAGAAACAACACGCUCUGAAUCAUUUCAACAGGUGGGAGUACUUUAUUUUCGUGCUUAUGCUGCUCCACUUCGUUGUCCCAAGUGACUUUAGAGUAGCAGUGAAGCUAAAACCACCGUGACGGAUCAAUAAGGGAAUCUGUGUGUUGAUUUGUGUGCCGUUUUACUAUCUUCCUUUUGCCAUUGUAUCUUUUUUAUAUGUAUAUAUAUAUAAUGAACCUACUUUCUCUCUGUCGUAUGAAUAUGAUGAGAUUUUUACAUGAAUGUGUGGAUGUUCAAAAAUCCUGGCAUCAAAAAUAGCGGGAAAAACAAAGGUGACUUUGUAAAUAGGCCGCCGAGUCAUUCCUAUAGCGAGUUUAGCAAAAAUUGUUAUGUCAAACAAAAAGAUGUUUUAUGAAUCACCUGUAAUGGCGACGAUGGGUACAAAGUUGUAUAGAAAAACAAUGCAUGUAUAGUUUCAAGCAAUCGCACGGUGCAGUUGAAAAAAAAAACAAGAAAAGAAACCCUUUGUUGUCUACGUGUUUUCUCAAAAAAAAUGAGAACGAGACAGAAGAAGGGAAGCUGUUCUAUGGAAGGAAGAUGUGUUUUAUUUCUGGUUAUCUGUGACACAGGCAUGUUUCAGUCUUACUGUGAUGUUUUGUGAUGAUGGUGAUGAUGAUGAUGAUGAUAGUGACCGAGAGUGCUGAAUGUCUCGAGGGUUUGGAAGCUUGAACGCACCCCAACCAGAGAAGUCACCUUUCCACAGAGUGAUUCUCCCAUUUGUAGAGUAGUGUGACAUAAGAACUAAAAACACAGAAAACAGAUCUAUUAUAUGAUGAUAUAUAAAUUUAAAAAGCCUACUGAUACUGAAGAUACUAAUUUAUUAGUGUGGGUGCCAUGAUAUUCUGUGAGAAAUGUGUGUGUUUUUCCUGUGAGAAGACAGCGGGCAGUCGAACCUGCCUUCUUUUGUACAUAACUUGCUGUGAUUGUGUGUCUAAUAAAGUGCAGCUCUCUUGUA